GUGUUUUCCAGUUCAGCCCUGUCCCUGCCCUCCGGGCUCGCCGUGCCAAUGGGAUGUCAAUGCGAGCUGGUCUCGGCUCAUCCCAUGGCUCCAAGGCCGAUCAUGGAGCUCCCGAUGUCAGAGAGCUUCAGAGGUGCUUGGCCGAGGCCCGUGCCCUCCGCGAAACCUUGGCGGCACCGAGGGCCAUCCUCCGAGAUGCGCGGCAGAGCCUGGAGGACAAGUCAGCGAGGCUUUUGCAACACGUGGAGGAAUGCAGCAGUCCGGCUGGGAAGGCAGAGCUGGCAGAACUCCGGAGGUCUUCCAGACAGGAACGUGCAGAGCUGCAGGCCGCCAUAGGGGCAGCUGCUGGUGGUCUUCCAUUGGAGGAGGAUCGCUGCUACGAAUGGCUUCGGAUGCUGAAAGAAGAUAAGCCGGCGAAGGCUGCGCUCCUUGCUGCAGAGGCGGAGUGCGACUACUGGGAGGAUCAGCUGCACGAACACCUCCUCAUGGCCCUCCGCUGGAAGCCACCACGAGAGGGCUUGGAACGCCUCGAUGCAGAGCUUCAGGCGCUGUGCUCCACCGACGGUCCUGCGGGGAACUCCGAUCCUUCUCGAGCCUUCAAGGACCUCACCCUGGAGGAGCGAAUGCGGACUGCUAGCUGUGCCAAAUGCUUCGAAGCCUUAGCACGAGAUUAUCCACAACAACCCUUCAGUGAGCUCCAAGAAGCUUACGCCAUGCUGGAAGACUUCCGUCAGAGCAACGACCUCUUGGCGGCCACGCAAGCAGCGGCGCAGUGGAAAGAGCACAGUAUCCAGGAUGGAAAAGUGAAGCCCAGGAGAAGCCCAGACAGGAGUAUUGCUCCGAAGGUCGAUGAAAGCUACCUGCCUCCAGGGCCCCGUUUCUUCUCUGUGGCUCAGCUCCUUCAACCACCUCAGGACCCCGUGGAGCCAGCCCUGCGAAUGCCCAAGGCAGUGGUGUCCAGAAGCGAGUGGUUUGCACCCAGCACUCCGCAGGUGCAGCCUUCGGGCGUCUCCUUCCUGUCGGGCCUGACCACGCGGCGGAUUCAGCCGAGCGAGACGGGCUCCUUGAGCUGGGGCCGGCCCUACUUUGAGCCCACCAUGUUCUCCUCAGGAGAUGGCUUUGAUCCAUUUGCUUCUUUCACUUCAAAAGCGCCCACAAGCGCCGAUGUCCUCAGACGGGCCUUCGAGGAGCCCUUGAGUGAAGCCUUGGGCCGGAGGACGACUUCGACCUCCUCGAAGCGGUCCAAGCGGAAGGUCCCUUCUUCCUUGGAAAGGCCUCCGCGGUCAGGGUGGGUCACGUUUGAGGCUCCGACCACGUCGCCACCUUUCAGCGAACGCUUCGCGAGCUUUGCACAUCAGGUGGCGGCUGCUCCAGAUCCACCAUGGGAGAACUCAGACGAGCCUGCGCAGUGGGAAGUGGCGUGGCCUGACACUGAAGCUCAGAGUGGUGAUCUCGACUUCGGCUGGAGCAGCUGGGAGCAGCGACAGCAGUCGGAAUCCAUCCAGCUCAGUGACUAGUGGCUAGAGUCCACAGCAGAGCUUUGAGUGGAGGUCAAGCUCCCCCAAGCUGGGUUUUCGCCUGUUGUGCCUGGGCAAUGCAAAGCACUGCUCCAAGAAAUUCGGAUUUGCACAGGGUUCAUGUCUGAGCUUAGAACUCAGCAAGGCUCCGGUGAAUUUGUGACCUUCCC